ACUAUUUGCACCGGAUUUGCUAGUUUCCUACCCCUCUAUCAAUAAGCUGACAAAACGAAAGUAAACAACAGAUCUAAAAAUUACGUGCAAACUCGUGCUCCGCUUGUUUCAACGAGACAUAUUCAACCGAGAAACGCAAAAUAAAUUCCGCGAUGGACGUACUUUCCCGGCCGGCGGAUGAAUUCGUAAACGAUGGCAUGGUGGAAGAGCUGUGGGCGAUGAAAGCGGUCGAACACGCCGAGGUUCACUUCAAUCUGUUGUGCAGCGUAGAUCCGAGGCAGCUGCACCUCACGCCGUACGACAACGAAAUCUACGAGGAGUUCCGGAAGCAGUUCCCCGAUAUGAAUGUGGCCGUGGUAGACGAAAACGAACUGAAGAGCGUCGAUGGCAAAGCCAAAUGGCGUUCGUAUAUGGAAAAGUUUAACCGACUGGAGGACUACAGCUACGGAACGUUGUUGCGGGCCAGUGCCAGCGAGGAGUUCCAUCCGGAGAAUGCCAUCCUGGUGGUGAGGAUCCAGUUUUGGGCGAUCGAGAUUGCGAGGAACCGAGAGGGACACAACGACUGCAUUAGGAAAAAGUUUAAGAAUCGCAGUAGCAAAAAGGAGGAAUAAAAGUCGAUUGGUUUUGCGAGUUUGGUAUUGA